AUGGAUGCGAAUCUCACAAAGCUUGGUAGUUCUCUUCCAGUCCCAAGCGUUCAGGAGUUGGCAAAAGAGCUCACAACCGAAGUCCCUCCUCGCUAUGUCCGUACUGACCAAGAUCACCCGCUCAUGCAUGAGGAUCACGGAACUUCGUUCCUUCAAGUGCCAGUAAUUGACCUGAAUAAGCUCUCAUCAAGCAGUGACGAUUUGAUGGAGUCCGAGCUCGAAAAGCUGCACAUGGCAUGCAGAGAUUGGGGAUUCUUCCAGUUGAUAAACCAUGGAGUGAGUUGUUCAUUGGUGGAGGAGGUGAAGUUGGGAAUACAAGAGUUCUUCAAUCUUCCAAUGGAGGAGAAGAGGAAGUUUUGGCAAGGGGGAGAAGAAUUGGAGGGUUUUGGGCAGUCGUUUGUUGUGUCCGAGGAGCAGAAGCUUGAUUGGAGCGACAUCUUCUUCAUGGUGUCCCUCCCGAGACAUUUGAGAAAACCUCACCUUUUUCCCAUGCUUCCUUCUCCCUUCAGAGAUGUCUUGGAUGAAUACUCCUCAGAGCUACGAGAUCUGACGAUGAAGAUACUCCUUCUCAUGGCAAAACCUCUGAAGAUGGACACCAAGGACAUGAUAGAACUGUUCGAUGGAGGCAGGCAAGCCCUUAGGAUGAAUUAUUACCCUCCAUGUUCCCGACCCGAGCUCGUCAUUGGCCUCACCCCACAUUCCGACGCCUCAGCCCUCACCAUUCUUCUCCAGGUCAAUGAAAUGGAAGGUCUCCAAGUAAGGAAAGAGGGAGAGUGGGUCCCUGUCAAGCCCCUCCCUAAUGCUUUCGUUGUCAAUGUCGGAGAUAUUUUAGAGAUUGUGACGAACGGUACAUAUCGUAGCAUUGAGCACAGAGCAACAGUUAAUUCGACGAAAGAAAGGCUCUCAUUUGCCACAUUUUAUGGCCCGAAACUUGAGGGCGAGAUGGGUCCUGCACCGAGCCUGAUCACACCGGACAAGCCAGCAUUGUUUAGAAGAAUUGGCGUUGUUGAUUACUUCAAGGGACACUUCUCUCGCGAGCUGCAAGGCAAGUCCUAUCUUGAAGUUAUGAGGACGAUUCAAGGUCAAUAAAAGGGAAUUGAAUCUGGUCAUU